UCUUACUCUGAGGUGAAGCGCUCACUCUAACACAGUGAGUAUCGGAGAACUUGCCGCACAGUUCCUCUCCCUUUUUGCCAUCUCUCUUUCUCGGCUCACUUGAAGGCUCAGCACUGCAAGUAGCUGUUGGAGGAUGAUGCGGCCAAAAGAUUUACGCCAGGGCUCUGGCACCAAGACCUUCCUCGAUGCCAUGCAUGGCGGUAAAGUCCACCUUGCACGGUUCAUCCUGGACGCACUGGAUGGACGCAUUAUCAACUCGAAGACGGAGAACAGCCGCACCCCGCUCAUGCAUGCCGUCUGCCUGCAAGACCCUGGGACCAGGGCCAAGUUCACCCGGCUGCUGCUGGAAAAAGGGGCGGAUGUCAACUGCCAGGAUGAGGACGGUCGCACAGCCCUGAGCCAUGCAUGUGAAAUGGGACACCUGGACGUGGUCAAACUUCUAGUUCAGUUCAAUGCUGACCCUGAUAUCACUGAUUCCUGGGGAAACAGUGCCCUCAUGUAUGCUGCAUUUUCUGGGCAAAGCCAGGUUUUGGAGUUUCUGGUCAGGGCUUUCAAAAGACUGGGACUGAGGCUGGACAGGACCAAUAAUGCUGGCCACUCAGCCAUUGAGGUUGCCAGCUUCUUUGGGCACAGUCAGUGCGUCCAGAUUCUGAACUUUCCUUGCAGGAGAAGUGUUGCUACAGAUGAUCCACUUGUUGAUGCGAGUACCACUCAGGAGGGUGAGUACCGUCUGCCCCGCAGGCUCCCCAGGCAGGUUCUGGAGAGGUUCUCCAAACAGUUAAAUAAUGAAGACCAAUUGCCUGGGGUAUUUCAGAGACAGCUGAAAAUUGGCGACAGCAAUGGAGUGUGGAACCGUUUCCGAUGUCCCAGGAGCCAAUCUCAAGAGGAAAACCAUCGCCACAGCUGGGCACUGCCUCCUCAGCUUGAGAAAAGCCAAACUGAGGGGGAUCACAGCAUUCUCUUCACAACCAAGCAGCUGCAAAACUGCCACCUUAGAGAGCUAAGGGGGACUAAAACACUGAACUCUUUUCCUGAGCCAAGCCAGAAAGAUGUCAGCCGAGACACUGGACUCCCAGAGCAAGCACCAGCGAGUUUUCCUCUCUGGGGCAAAGCAAAGUCAUUUAACCUGGACCUUCUGAGCAGCAGAAAGCAGUCCUAUCAGGGUGAUGUGCGUGACAUGAGCCUGUCAGCCAGCAAAUUAAAGAGAGCCUCACUGCAGGAUGAGAGAUGCCUGAUAGAUAAGAUGGACUGUCAUGGGAACACCCAGGGCUUGACAAACGAUGCUGACAAAAUUGUCUCUGUGCCAAAACCUCUUUUAAACAGCAAGAAUCAGCCUGCACGAGUGCCAGAGGAGAAUGUCAAAUCUAAGAAUGAAGAGGCUAAUGAUAUGGCUUCACUGAGCAGACGAGAGCAGCAGAAAAGGGGCAGCUUUGGUGCGACUGCCAGACACAACAAGUUACUUCCUGCCAGGGGAGAAAUUGAGUCAGGGAAUCUCCCCAACCGUACCCCGGGAUUCACGGGCCUGGGGACCAGACUGCUACGGCGAUUCACUGCACCCGAAUUUAUGAGGAUGGUCAUAGACUGCUCAUCGGGCUCCUCAAAUGGCAGGGGUCGGAUGUCCCGCUCCGAAACCUUUCCUUUCUCGCACACGCACCAACAGGUCAACAGUCAGCCGAGCGUCGACAGCAUCAGUGGAGUGAAGUGUGAGUUCGAAAGCUGCUCGUCUCAGUCCACCCUCGACUAGAAAGAGGACAAUGUCUAACUGCAGAAUUGGCUGGUAGUGGAUGUUUUUUAACAGCAUUUAAACUUCUGGUACUUGCUCGGCAGUAGCGCCUACAUACUGAGAAAAGUAAUGAUUCCUCGCUUUUGUUGCAGCUUAUUUGUUUUUCAAUACCUGUCAAUAAAAGUUGCAUAAAGUGCAAUUUUGCUAACCCAUGUUUAAAAUCCUUUACAAAUGAACACGAUUUCAGUCUGUGAGCUGCUGAAAAUGAAUAUUUUGUUUCACAUGUAUAAGAUUUAUAUGACCUGAAAUCGAAUGUAUUUGAUAUUGCUUCUGUGUUUAUAUUAAAAAAAGAAGAAGAAAUGUAUUUCGCCUAAAUAUUCAGUCACCGUGCACUGUAUGAUUCAUGCUCAACAUGUAAUAAACACUUUAAAAGAC